AUGCCGACGACCUCCGAUCCGAUCGUCUUCUAUGACAUUGCCCCGCGUCCCCCCGUGGAGAAAACCUGCUUCGCGCCAAACCCCUGGAAAGCGCGUCUGGCCCUGAACUUCAAGAGUCGCCCGUAUGCAACCACAUGGGUGCCAAUGCCCGACAUUCCCAAAGUCCGCAGUGGUCUGAAAGUACCCGCCUGUCGCAAAUUUGCCGAUGGUACCGACUUCUUCACGCUGCCGAUCCUCGAGGAUCCCGCCACGGAGUCGUUGGUUGGCGACUCCUUCGAUAUCGCCGUGUACCUCCAGAAGACCUAUCCGGACUCCGGCGCCGGCGACCUCUUUCCCCCUCAGAAGAUCGACUAUGCCUUCACCCAUCCUGCGAUCCUGAUCCCGCUGUCGGAGUGUGACGACACUGAAUUCCCGGAAUACGCCAAGUUCAACAUGAACGUCGACGCGGCCUUCACAGCACAUGUACAGCUUGGACUCCAGGGCUUUCCGUUCGAUCCCGCUACCGCCGAGGCCAGUAAGGAGGAAUUUGCGCGAGACAAGAUCAAGGAUUCGUUCCGGGAUAUGCUAGGGGGGCUGGUUCCGAUAUUCUCGAGGGACACCAGUGGGCCAUUUCUGCUCGGCACCCGGGCGAGCUAUGCAGACUUGAUCGUCGGUGCCUGGCUGCGGAUGAUGCACGUCACCCUCCCGGACAGUGAAUGGGAGGAGGUGGCCAGUUGGCAUGGGGGUCUGUUUGGGCGCUUGCAUGAUGCGUUGGACGUCUAUGCGGAGGUGAAAUAG